AAUUAAUAACUUCAUAUCCAAAAUAAGUUUUGCAUGUGCAUAUGAACGGAAUAAUAAAACACAUAUUAAACAAUUGCUCGUAAAUCCCCGAAAUCCCAAAAGGAUUUAGAGUAAUCGUAUAAAAAUAUUAAACCAAUAACUCAAUUAGUUAUAACGUGUCAAGAUGUGGCGUGGACCAGAGCCUGGCAAUACCAAAUACGAGAUAACCUGGAAAAAAGUUUCAAACACAAUAACCGAGCGAAUGCAGGAUGAAUCCUUGAUUCAUCUCUUCACAGAACGAAGAAGAUUGAGAAGACGAACAAAAUUGCUGAAUAAUCAUCUGCGAAGGCCAGCGAACCGGAUGAUUUCGUACCCUGACUACAUAAAAGCCAAAACAGCUAUUUUGAGAACUCUAUCAGAGGACGAGGAUACGAAUGAUUCAGACUCCAGUGAUGAUUUAUUUCAGCCUCAUGAAAAAGGUAGUACUCCGAAGGCUUGUGCUCUUCGGACACUCCUGGAGGACAUGAUGUUGAAGUCGCCAGGUUCUACUGAUGAAUCUGAGCCGAGGAUUGAGGUUGUUACGAAGAGAAAGCGUGGGAGACCUAGAGGUAGUUUUAAAAAUCGUGUUCAUAGACGAAAGAAAUCGGAUACCAGUGCUUCAGAGUCUGAAUGGGGUGGACGUAAUCUGGAUGUCUCUAGAAGGCAGAGUGCAAGGAUCAGGAAUUGUCCAUCAGAAAUUUCAAAAACUGCAGCUUUAUCGAAUAAACGAAAGAAAGACGAUGAAUCGAUGGCGGGAAGACAAUUUAAUUCUGAUAAAUCAGCAGAAGAGUCGAUUGACGAUUUUCAAUCUUCUGUGGAAGAAUUAAAAAGAGUUGAGAAUAUUUCGAGGGUUUCGAAUGGCGAUGGUGAACCAGAUAAAUUAGAGGCAUCAGUAGUUCGUGAGGGGAAAAAUCAUUCUUUCCCUGGGAGAAAAUUGAGGCUCGGGCCUGAAGAGCGAGAUUCGAAUAUAGAUGACUCAGGGGACUCGGACUCGUCUGGGAGGCGAAUAAGUCAGUGUGGAAAUCAAGAAUAUUCUACAACUACGCGAAUAAAUAUUGAAAAUAAAGACUCGAGCGAUGAGUUAGACACGACAUCCAAGACUGUAAUCCAAAAUUUUGAGUUUGUUGAUGUUGACUCCCUCCGGAGAAAAUUCAUUUCAAAACCAAUUUCGGGACAAGAUUCAAAUAUUGAGGAGAACACCUUAAAAAGUCCUGAUAAACCCAGGAAAUCAGGAUUUUCUUCUCCAGAAGUCGUUGAAAUUUCUCCCGAAAGACAAUACAAGAAAGACGUGAAAAAAAUAGGUACCACACACCGAAUAAAAACAAUGGAAAUGUCACGAAUGAAUAAUAAAAAAACCACGAAUGACGCCACAACCCACAUCUACGAGAAAAUAUCGAAAAUGAUUACCAACGGGGUAGAUCCGCACCUAGCAGCCGACGCCAGCAGGAUAUAUUUUACAGACAGCUCUAUAAAUGGCCAGGAAACACCGGCAGCUUACACCACCGACGAGGGAGAAUUCAUGACCCCUCAUACUUCAGAUUGCGAGCAAUCCGAAGACGAAGACAACAAAAAAUGGGAGACAAUUGAGAGUACCGACGACAUAUCAUUGAAGUCUGGAGAAAAUAAAUCCAGGAAGAACUCAGUGGAUGGAGACGAUAUAUUUGAAAAGGAAGAGAUCAUCAUCCAGCCUGAGCUGAACGUUGUGGAGAGUGACAUGAACCGGGAAGACCCCGAAACAUCUCCAGGGAAAAACGCACUUGCAUGUCAAAAUGAUUUUUUACAUGAAGAUAAACAUCUGGAUGCAAUUGACACGAAUGGAUUUUCUCAGAUCUCUACAAGUGAUUCUACAUUUCAUAAUGAAACUGAGGAACAGAAAAAUGAUUUUGUGGAUACUGAUCCACCGAAUCUAACCGCUUUCAGCCAAGAAUUCGAUGCAAGAAAUGGAGAAAAUAUCAAAGACAUCGAAGAAUAUGUUGAAAAUGUUGUAAAAGAGUUCGAUAAAAAAAUCGCAGCUGAAAUUGAUUCAGUAAAUGAUUCAAAACCUAAUUUAGUAGCAGAAGCUAGUAGAAAAUCAACUCCAGAGUCUAAUCAAUCGAUAACCCGAAAAGAUUCCCCUGUAAAUGAAGAGAAUUAUGAAAAACGAAAUAUUAAUAAUCCAGGAGACUCGAAUAAAUUAACUGGAAAGGCAUCAGUCUCGUCUCCCUCAAUCGUAGGCAGGAGUCCUAAAACCCCGAAGGAGGUGAAACGAAACCUGAUGACAGUACUUGAUGAGAUAUCACGCGAGACACCACCUGGAACUGUCGAAAAAACCAAAAACACCUCAAGUCCCAUCAAAAAUGGAAUUGAAACCCGUAAUCUAGGAAUUUCAAGUUCAGAUGGAGAAUUCGGGAUUCUGGAUUCCGGAAUCGAUGAAGAUUCCCCCAAUCCUCAGGUUUCACCACAGGAAUAUCCCGAAUCUAAAGAAGAGGAGGGAAAUAACUCGAGAGAAAGAAUCAGAGAGUUCUCACCCAAAAUGCCAGUAGUACCUAAAGAGAAAAAAACUGAUAAAACUGAAGACAAAACUGAAGUAAUUACUCCAUCCAAGAAGAUAGCUAAUGUGAAGAUCACGUGCACUGAAGUUGUAAAAUCGAAGUACAUGAUCGUAAAAAGUCAAAAGACCAGGGCAGAAGAGAAAUUAUCUUCUACUGAGGCUCCACUAUCCCCGAGGGAGAUAAUCCCUAGAUCUGAAGGAACCACAACUCCUGAGAGAUUCACGAAAUAUUCAGAGGAGCCUGAGGAAGAGGAAGAUGAUCAAGACGAUGAAUUCAGGCCUUACCAUCGAGUCACUGAAUAUCGUUUCAAUUUUCCAUCAUUCAGGGAUCAAUUAAACGAUUACAAUUCUGAUGAGCAGGAGUAUAACGCUCUGGACCCAGAGCAUUCCGUUUUUCACGAAGAAGACGAGUGGGAGAGAUCGAAGAGGGAAGAGCGAAUGUCUCUAGCUGUUGCAAGUGAAACUGAGUCUCUGAGAUAUGUUUUAAAUACCCUUGCUGCCAGGGCGAAUCGUGUGGAUGACUGGUAUGAGGAUGAAGCGAAUGUCCUUCAGGAGGAAAUUGAGAGGGAGAAUUCGGAGGGUUUAAGAGACGUGGUGGAUCCAGAAUUGAGUGAAAUCCUGACGAGACCCACGAGCAUCCCGGAGUUUAUUGAAGGGAGUGAUCUCGUUCCCUCUGAGGCAGUCGCAUCGUUCACCCUUGGGGAUAUUGGAGAGGAUGAUGAUAUUUAUUUAAUGGAGAUACCGAAAUCGAUUUUGGAAAGGAAUUUGGAGGGCCAGAGGCUGAGAUUAGGAGAGAGGAAGAUUAUUAUUGGAGAGGGUCGGUAUGAAGUGCAGAGGAAGGAUUCAGAGCCCAUGUCUUGUAUUAUGAAUUGUGGUGAUGCUAGAAAUCGAUAUAAAACGGGAAUCAUCGAACCUGUAGACAAUAUUGUUGUGAGACAACACGUCAGGGAUGAUGUGAUAACGAGAUCAAAGAUAGGACUAGAAUCACGAAUGUCUGUGCCGUUUCCCAGGAACAUCAAAUCGAGAAAUCCUCUGGUUCUGGGUGGUCAGGGUGAUAGUGAUCAGCUGGAGUCGGGUAAUAUUAAGGAUGCCUUUGUGAAUGAUGAUGCUAUCGAUAUUAUUGAUGAAAAGCCAAAUGCUCUGAAGGAGGAGAUAACCCUUGAAUGUAUUAAAAGUUCAUUGGGAAAUGAUGACGAAGAGCGGAUGAUCUCGAGGAGAAAGAAGAAACGAAAAAAGCAUGACGUAUUUUUUGAAGGACCUGAAGAUAUUCAGAGGAUUAAUAAUGAUUUUGAAAAAACUGGAGAUUUGAUGGAGGAGUUGACAGACGUCGAUGGCUCACAAAAUCAAUCUCAUGUAGAUCAUGGACUCACGAAGAAGUCUAAGAAACUCAGAAAAUUAUCUAGCGAGAAAGAGACUCUCGGCGAUGAAAAUAAUUCCGAUGGAGACAUGAGAGAAGAGAAAUUCAUAGAGCGAAUGGAAAUGUCUGGAGAUAUAAAAUCCCCCAGUGUUUCUGGAACUGAAUCAAAGACGGAAGUUCGCAGCAAGAAGAAAGUUAAAAUACUUCGAAGGCUGUUUUGCAAAGAGGAGUCCCUUAUCGAUAUUGAAAAUAAUUCGAAGGCAGAUGUCAAAUACGAGGAACAAUAUAUCUCAACUCCCGAGUCAUUUCCGACUGCGAAGAAAAAUAAAAAAUCCAAGAAACGUAAAAAAAUGUAUCAAGAGGAAGAAAUGUUUCAUGAUUUUCGAGAUUCCUUUAGUGCAGAGGUGAAAGAAAAUUCCGGUGACAGUUCUGACGUGAGUAGAAGUGAUGUUGAAUUAAAUUGCAAGGCGAAGAAGAGGAAAGAGAGGCAUUCAGUGGGUUUGCAUGAAUAUAAAGAUGUUUUCAACGUCGGGAAUGGAGAUCUAUUGGAAAACGAAAGUGAGACGAUUAAUGAGAGUAAGGAUGAAAUAAAAAUUCCAAGGAAGAGCUUUUACGACCAGAUGAUCGAGGAUUCGGACUAAUCGUCACUGGAGCCAUUAAAAUUAUCGAUUGUGGCUUUUAUUGUAAGAUAAAAAUUCAUAUAUAUAUUCGA